AUGGAAGUCAUCGGAACCGCACUUCUCUCCGCCGUUUUCGAGCAGCUCAUGGAAAAGCUCGCGUCCCGAAGCUCCCUGAACUUCGUCCGCGAGACCCAAGUCCUCAACAAGCUGAAGAAAUGGGAAGGCAUGCUUGCCGCCAUCCACGCCGUGCUCGACGACGCCGACGAAAAGAAGCUCGAGAACGAGUUCGUCGGGAAAUGGGUGAGCAAGCUCCACGAUUUGGCCUUCGAUGUCGACGACUUGCUCGACGAAUUCGCCGCCGAGGCUCAACGCCGCCGGGAACCGGAUCAGAAGAAGAAGAAGAAGAGAAGCAAGGUAAUAAGGAAGUUCCUCCCUUCAAUUUCCGGGUUCCGGUUCAAUUCCGAGAUGGAUUCGAAGAUCGAGCAGGUUUCAGGUCGAUUGCAGCAGCUAAUUGAAGAGAGAAAUGUGUUGGGUUUGGGCGAGACUGUAGCAGGAAAGGGGAAGAGCAUGAAGAAGAAGAAGAAGCAGCAGCUGCCGCCGCCGACGACUUCACUGGUCAACGAGGCUACGAUUUGGGGCCGGGAUAAGGAUAAAGAUGCCGUAAUGGAGCUGUUGAGGAUGGAAGAAGGAGAAGAAGAAAAUAAUGGAAGGAAGAGAUUCAAUGUAGUUUCUAUUACUGGGAUGGGUGGUAUUGGAAAGACUAGUCUAGCACAACUGGUUUACAACGAUGAAUCAUUGUCAUCGGAGUUCUCAUUCAAAGCUUGGGUAUCUCUGGGCGGAGAUUUCGACCCAGAAGCGAUAACCAGAACGAUUCUUGAUGGUUCCCCACGAGGUGGCGAGGAUCUGAACUUCCUUCAGCUGAAAUUGAAGGAGAAGCUGUUGGGGAAGAAGUUUCUGAUUGUACUGGAUGAUGUUUGGACACACAGGUACACAGAUUGGACUCUCCUCUGCAACCCUCUCGAAUUCGGGGCACUGGGGAGCAGGAUCAUCGUCACCACUCGUCUUCAAGAUGUGGCGAAAAUGGUUGGCACGCCUGCAGGUGAUCAGGGCUAUGCCCUCCGGCAGCUCGAGUAUGAUGACUGUUUGUCUGUGUUUCUUUACCAUGCUCUGGACGCGUCGAACUUUGAUGUCCAUCCCGGUUUGGAAGAGUAUGGGAAAGCGAUUGUUCGAAAAUGUAGAGGGCUUCCUUUAGCAGCUAAGGUCAUCGGAGGGCUUCUACGAGGCGAGCAUAAUGUCGAUGUGUGGCAAGAGGUGUUGAGGAGCUCGUUGUGGGAGUCUUCUGUGGUGAAGACCAACAUUCUUCCUGCAUUGAUGCUUAGCUAUGAUCAUCUUCCUUCCCAUUUGAAGUUGUGCUUUGCUUACUGUGCCGUGUUCCCCAAGGGUUAUGUGUUUGAUGAUGAAGAGUUGGUUCUGCUGUGGAUGGCUGAGGGCUUCCUUCAACAGCAACCAAAGAACAACAACAACAAUAGCAAGCACCCGAAAGAACUGGGGCAUGAGUACUUACAUGUGCUCGUUUCACGAUCGUUCUUCGAACAAUCUGGUGCCAGCAGCGCAUCACAGUACGUGAUGCACGACAUGAUGAGCGACUUGGCACGAUUCGUGAGCUCUGGCAUCUGCUCGAACUUGGAUGAUUCACACUGCGAUGAAUCCAGAGUUCGGCACCUGGCAUUUGCACAACGAUACUACGACAGUUGGCUGAGAUUUGGGAUACUGGAGAAGACCAAGCAAUUGCGCACAUUUCUCCCUGUUGGCUUGUCACAGCAUUCCAAUUCUUAUUACUUAUCAACGAAGGUGGUUCAUGACUUUGUUCCCAAGCUGAAACGCUUGAGGGUCUUGUCAUUUGCUCGUUACAAAGUGAAGGAGUUGCCUGAUACGAUUGGUGGCUUAAAGCAUCUGCGCAUGCUGAAUCUGUCCUUCACCGAUAUCGCAACAUUGCCAGAAUCGACAGGCAAGCUCUUCAAUCUGCAGACUUUGCUACUAAAAGGGUGCCGAGAGUUAAGUACCUUGCCCUUGAGCCUUGGUGACUUGAUCAACUUAGAAUGUCUGGAUGUCAGAGGAGCAAGUAAACUGUCGGAGAUACCAAUCGAGGUGCUCAAUCUGCCAAUGCUCAAGUUCCUUCCCGUGUUCAUGGUAUCUGCAGCAGAAAACGGCAUUGCGAUAUCUAAGUUGUCCAAGUUUAAUCCAUUGCAAGGUUCGUUCUUAAUAGAAGGGCUCCAUAAUGUGUUGAAUGCUAGGUACGCAGAGCUUGUGGGUCUAAAGGCGAAGAAGGCGAUUGGAGGGUUGGUGUUCGAUUGGUCUGGUGAUCCUGAUGAUUCGUCCCGUGAUGAAACCAUCGAUUUCCAGGUACUUGAGUCACUCGAGCCACAUGUCGAUGUCUUGGGAGUCAAGAUUCACAGCUACGGUGGCUCGAAACUACCAGGAUGGAUGGGGGACUCAUCAUUCUCUAACUUGAUGACCCUAUCAUUCGUACAUUGUCAGCGGAUCACAUCCUUGCCUCACUUCGGGCAACUUGCAUCACUGAAGAAGCUCGUGGUAGUUGAAUGUUCCAACCUGGUUGGAUUCCCUACCAAUCUUCCAUCUCUCAAUGAACUAUGCAUUCGAGGAUGCCGAGCAAUAAUUCUCCAAGCAAGUAAUGUGGAUGACGGUAAUGUUGUAUUACCUUCACUUGUUACCUGCAGGAUUGAGAGGAUUGCAGGCCUUGUAACUUUGGAUGAAACAUUCCUACAAGACUUGCCCACACUAGAGAAUCUGGAGAUCAGAGGGUGCCCCAACUUAGAAUGUUUGUGGUAUGGUACAAGCAAUCCGGCUCAUCCGAUUAGCCUGACAAGCUUAGCGGUAUGGGAUUGUGCCUCGCUUGUCUCAUUGACAGGGUUGGAACAUGAGACAUUGUUGCCUCGCAGCCUCGAAACUCUGAAGAUCAGGGCUUGUCAUCACCUGAAGAAGUUGACCUCCCAUUUCGACAACCUUACUUAUCUCAGCGUCUUGCACAUCCUGGACUGCUCGAAUUUGACAUCCUUUUUCUCAAGUGGUGGUGGUAGGGAACUGCCCGGAGGGCUCCAGGAGCUUGCCAUCCAAGGUUGUGGCUCGUUAGAGUCGUUACCUAUGGUCCCUCAUGGUCACAAUGCUCGUCUCGAGAAGUUGACUAUCGAGAUGCCUGUGUCUCUCAAGCAGCCAUGGAUCCCGAAAGGGGAGUUCCCAGAGUCGCUUAAGUACAUCGAGAUAACGAAAUGGACCUCGCUGUUACUGCAACGACUGCAGCAGAGCAAGCUCCCACAGCUCACCAGGCUCGUGAUGGGAGACAGCCCCGACGUGCAAAGCACUCCAGACUUGUACCAGUGGAACCUGUUGCUGUCCACUCCCAGUGCUGCUUUGACUGAGCUCCACAUUUGGGGUUGCGAGAACCUCACCAGUCUUCCUGAUCAGGCCAUGCUGACGCUCACCUCGCUUCGAAGUCUGUACAUAUUCGGAUGCGGGAAUCUGGAGCUUCUUACUCAUGGUGGACGAGGCUUACCUUCUAGCCUGGACUUCCUUCUGGUCGACGAGUGCCCCGCUCUGAGACAACCCAUCUCAGAGUGGAGGCUCUACACUCUAACUUCACUCCACCAGCUCACGAUCAUCGGACCAAACCCUGCAACGGACAUGGUCAGCUCCCUUCCAGACGACGAUGAUGGUGGUGGAGGAAGCCGCCUGCUGCUGCUGCCGCCGUCCCUAACACAUCUUACAGUGGUGGGGUUCAAGAAUCUGAGAUCCAUAUCUUCAGGAGGCAUUCACACCCUCACCUCUCUUCAGCAGCUGUCCAUUGAGGGCUGCUUUCGCCUCCAGGACUUCCCCAAGAGAGGCUUCCCUCCCACACUUGGGAGCUUGUGGAUCUACAAAUGUCCUUUGAUUGGUAGAAAGUGCUUAAGAGAGAAAGGAGCUUAUUGGCCCAUCCUCAAAGACAUUCCACACCUGAAUGUACGUGACUGA